GUAGGAACGUUUUCGCUUAAGCAACCGUUUCUGCGAGGUUCAUUACUUGAAUGCAACUUUGGUACGUCGGUGUAUUUUGUCCGUGUACUCGACUGUACUUUUUGUUUACAAAAUGGCAGACUUCAGAAUUUCUACUCUCGAUUAUUUCCCAGAGAACAUUUUAAUUGAUAUUUUAUCAUAUUUAGGUGUGCGAGAGCUCAUCAGAACUGGAAGGGUGUGUAAGAGAUGGAGACGCCUUGUAAAAGACCAACGUCUAUGGCGAGCUGUUGAUCUAACUGCAUGGAAAGGGGUGACGUCGCGCAUGCUGUGGGUUCUACUGCGCCAGUAUCUGGGCACUGGGCUCCGAUGCCUGCGGCUGCGUGGCUUGCUGCUCUCUGCUAGAGGCGGGGCAUUUCUCUCAGAGUCCUGGCUUAAGGCUUUGUCCUCCAAGUGCCCCCGUCUGCGCAGUCUUUCCCUGCUGCAUGCAGACCUGAGAGGCUUGCGUAGUUGCCAGCUCCUGCCCACAACGCUGCAGGUCCUAGAGUUGCGUGGCUGUGAGCUGCCACAGAGCUUUUUCACCCAGACCCCACCCAGUCCUGAGAAACAAGCUGGAGCUGCAUCAACUGCUUCUACUCAGCAACAGGGACGCGGUCAGACUGGGAAAGUGCCUGCCUCCACAUCAGGGAUUGCCAUUGAGACGAUGGUCCUUGAUAACGUGCCCUCCUUCACAGACCUGCACCUGCAGAGUCUGGCUUCUUGGUUGAAGCUUAGCCGCCUAGAGCUGCGCAAUGUCCUUCGGGUCACAGCGGAAGGCCUUAGGCGCAGUGCUGCCCAAGAAACCGACUCGGGCUUAAACGGGCUCUCCAGGCUCAAGUACCUGGAGAUAGGGCACUUUGGACGGCCUGGCGCCCAGCUACAGAUGGCCUCCCUGGGGCUGGGGGUGGGCUGGCUCGGCCUAGAGGAGCUAAGCCUUGGCGGUAAGGAGGUGGGACCAGGCCUGCUGUCUGCCAGCCGCCUGAGGGACCUGAAGCGCCUGCGCCUCAGAAGCUGCAAGCUGAGAGAGAUGCAGGUGCUACGGAGCUGCAGGACGCUGCGGGAGCUGCGCCGGUUGGAGUUCUGUGAGGUGUUCUUCCAGGUUUGCCCAAAGACACCAGAGAGGGGGGGGGGGGUGGCAGGUGAGGAGGGGAGGGAGGAUGGCGCAGAUGGUGGUGAUGGGAGCAAUGACAAGCUGGAUGAGAAUGACCCUGUGCCGAGUCUGCGCCGCUCACUUGCUGCUCUGCUGCCUCAAUGUACACUACUAUUCACCAACUGCACUGUUACAAUAAUAUCAGACUAGAUUACAUACUGUGUUACACAUCUGGUUACCUUAUUCUACUGUUUGCAAACUCUCAUGAAUCACUUUUUUGUUGACAUAUGUAGAAAACAAAUGUACCCCAUUAACAAACCCAAUCAAAUUCUAUUUUAAACUUUCAUAUAGCUGUGCUAUUGAACAUAAAAGAGACAGUGACUGAGUUCAUUGCAUGUGUAAAGUCUCAGGAAAUGUAAUGUUUCAAUUCAACCCCUCGACCAGGGCUCUUCAGCUCUUAAAGGCACUGCAUGGUCAAUCCAAUGUCUGCAGUGACCUCCAUGCCUCCGGAGGCUGCCUUGAGAAGAGAUUCAAUGAAUAUAUUGCAACUCUGGGGGGUUUCAGUAGGCUAGAAGUAGCCCACUAGUUUUGCUCACUGGCCCCCUCAAGUAUAGGAAAAAUACUCUGUGUGAUUCUCCUAAGCAUUAUGUUGCCUGUAUUCAUUACGAUUUGAGAAAGUACAAAUGGGAACUGUUUUAACCUUUUUCCACCAAGAAACUUAACAAGAAUGUGUUCUAAACUGACUUGCCCGUUAAAUUAAAUAAAUAAAUAGCAAAGUAGAACAUAUACCUCAAUAGAUCAUGAAUAAACAAAUAUCCAGGAAAUAUGAUCAAGCUCUCUCAAUCUGUAAAACACACAGCAUUUAUCCCAAACUUGGUCCUAUCAGCUAUUCCUAUUUUUUUUUUUACAAUUGAUACUUUGAAUACUUUUAUGUGUGGUAUGAUUGCUCGUUAGCCUAUUGCAGAUCUGGACAAAUGAUCCACUAUUGUCACCAUGAAUGGUGGAUAGCGUUCAGGAUAGACAGACUGGAAGACUAUAGUGACCUGUGGUAGAGUAACGUGGAAAAGAGAGCAUCACGUGUAAAAGCAUAGGGCAUAAGGGAAGUACCAAAACACCUUGAUAAAGGGGAUGCGCAGAUGAGGAAAUGUGUCUUGGAUGGAAGAAAUUCUAUAGUAAAACCUGCAAAUAGCACAUUUAAACUGGGGAGGCGGGGGUGCACUACCCUCCCCUGUGCCCAGGAUGAGAAAAAAAACUCCUCCCCUGAGCAAAAAAAAGAAAAAGGCUUCAGUUCCUCUUGGGUGCUUAUUUUAUAUUGUUUAAUGUUGUGUACGAAAGCACCUAAAGCAAGACAGAAUGGCCUCGGACCCCUUAUGGUCAGGGACCACUCGGAAAUAAAAACACUCAAGAGAAAUAAAUGUAACACAAAAAACACGAACUACACACAGACAUGAAUUUGAAACAGAAACAAUGACGCCUGGGUAAGGAAGCAAAGGGAGUGACACAGUUGAAAGUCGGAAGUUUACCUACAUCUUAGCCAAAUACAUUUAAACUCAGUUUUUCACAAUUCCUGACGUUUAAUCCUAGUAAAAAUUCCCUGUCUUAGGUCAGUUAGGAUCACCACUUUAUUUUAAGAAUGUGACAUGUCAGGCCUCCUUCCUCAUACCAGCAUGCAAAGGUUCAGGACCUGUCAUAAACACACCCUGGAGAGGAGAGAAAACAGAUUGUCUCGUGUAACGGUUUUGUGGUACAGUUUCCUGCCCUUACAUCACACUGAGUGAAAAUAAAAUCUUUGGGCAAAUUGACAUAUCAUUAUUCCAUAACACGAGUGAGUGAGUGAGUGAGUGAGUGAGUCUGUCUGUCUCUCUCUCUCUCAAAUACAAGUGUUAUACAUCGGCUUAAAGAUAUACUUCUCAUUAAUGCAAGCUCUGUGUCAGAUUUCAAAAAAGUUUGUUUUGUUCGAUAAAAUCCAUAAUUUAUGUCCAAAUACCUCCUUUUUGUUCAUGCGUUUAGUUCACAAAUUCACAAGGUGCGAGCACUUGGUCCAGACAAAAUCAAAAUAGUUCCAUUACAGUUCGUAGAAACAUGUCAAACGAUGUAUCGAAUCAAUCUUUAGGAUGUUUUUAUUAUAAAUCUUGAAUAAUGUUCCAGCCGGACAAUUCCUUUGUCUUUAGAAAUUAAAAGGAACAGAACUCGCUCUCACGGCCGCGCGCCUGACUUAGCUCAUGGCAUUCUGCCAGACCCCUUAGUCAAACAGCUCUUAUUCACCCCCCUUCACAGUAGAAGCCUGAAACAAGGUUCUAAAGACUUGACAUCUAGUGGAAGCCUUAGGAAGUGCAAUCAGACCAAAUUUAUACUGUAUCUUGGAUAGGAUUUUUUGAGUUCUGUUAUUCUGUUAUUCUGUUCUGUUAUUACUCACAAACAUCAUUCAAACAGUUUUAGAAACUCUGAGUGUUUUCUAUCCAAAUAUACUAAUAAGUUGCAUAUCUUAGCUUCUGGGCCUGAGUAACAGUCAGUUAUGUUGGGCAUGCUUUUCAUCUGAAGUCAACUGAGGUAAGGAAGAAGUUGUUGUAAGAUCAGCAGUCAACAUUUUGCAAGAAUAAUAAGUAAUUAUAUGGUCAUAAACAUGCAAUUGUAUCACAACAAACAAUCAAAUGUCUGUACACAACGGCAUUCUCUUUAAAUGACAUGUAAAAUAAAAUGAAUUCCCCUUCUCACCCAUGCACAGGGCCCAUGCAGUUGCACUGCAGGAAAUGUCCUAUAUGUACU